CUGGGCAGUCCCAGAGCUGGGCUUUCCUGGAAGGAGCAGCCGGAUCCGGGGGACAGGGCCACACUGACCAGAUCCAUGGCAUCACAGCUGGAAGGGGCCAUGGAGACCCUCAUCAACGUCUUCCACCACUACUCUGGGAAGGAGGGGGACAAAUACAAGCUGAGCAAGAAGGAGCUCAAGGAGCUGCUGCAGAGCGAGCUGGGAUGUUUCCUGGAGACCCAAAAGGACACAGGGGCCGUGGAGAAGAUCAUGCAGGACCUGGAUGAGAACGGCGACGGGGAGGUGGAUUUCCAGGAGUUCGUGGUCCUGGUGGCCGCCCUGACCGUGGCCUGCAACACCUUCUUCUGGGAGAACGCCUGACCUGCUGUGUUCCCACCCCGCACACACGGCAUUCCCAAAAUCCAGAGCCUCCCCUGCCACCCUGUCUCCACUCCCCAGCAUUCCCAGGGGAUCCCGCCGGGAUCCAGCUCCACAAUAAAGGCACCGACCCAGCCCG